AAAAACGAAAAAACAAAAAAUGCCCAAGACCAGACCGUACGGUCUUGGUGAGAGAGAGAGAGAUUUUGGAGAAGAAGAAAGACGAAAAAAGCUAUUGAGAGCUUUUCAUUAGUGUGAGAUUUACAUCUCUGUCUCCCUUGGUGCGAAUGAAAGCCACUCGAUCGAGCUCUCGGAUCUUUCUCGAACACUACUACUAUAGAGUACUGUAGAAUCGUUUUCUGUUUUUUCCUUUUUCGUUUAUUUUUCUUUUCCGUUAGUUUUUUUUUUGGAUACAGUUUUGUGUAGUACAGAAACCCAGUUUCGUUAAAACAAAAAGGGAAAAAAAUAAAAUAAAGAAGCUCUCUCGGGUUCAAUGGAGUUGUACGGACGGAGCCCGGCGAGGAAUGGGUCGAAUCAGCCGGAAUGGAGCCCGGACGCCGGCGAGACCGGUCUCGAAGAAUCGAUGUGGCAAUUGGGGCUGACCGGUGGCGAAUCGUACCCGGAGCGUCCCGGCGUGCCGAACUGCGUGUACUACAUGCGAACUGGGUAUUGUGGAUAUGGUGUCCGGUGUCGUUACAACCAUCCUCGUGAUCGCGCCGCGGUGGCGGCAGCUGUGAGAGCUACGGGGGAGUACCCGGAGCGAGUGGGAGAACCUGUAUGUCAGUAUUAUUUAAAAACUGGGACCUGUAAAUUUGGUGCGUCCUGCAAGUUCCACCAUCCGAAACAUGGAGGUGGAUCUUUGAGCCAAGCUCCACUUAAUAUUUAUGGAUACCCAUUACGACCGGGCGAGACAGAGUGCUCCUACUAUUUGAAAACGGGGCAGUGCAAAUUUGGUAUUACUUGUAAAUUCCAUCAUCCUCAUCCUGCCGGCACCUCAGUGACGGCUUCUGCACCUCAAUUUUAUCCACCGGUGCAAUCUCCUUCAGUUCCUAUACCUGAACAAUUUGGGGGGCCAUCCACCAGCUUGAGGGUGGCUAGGCCUCCAUUAUUACCCGGUUCAUACGUGCAAGGGGCUUAUGGUCCUGUGCUAUUUCCUCCUGGAGUAGUUCCUAUACCUGGGUGGAAUCCUUAUUCGGCACCUGUAAGCCCUGUACUAUCUCCUGGUGCUCAGCCCACAGUUGGAGCUGCUUCUAUGUAUGGAGUAACACAUCUAUCUUCUUCAACCGCUGCACUUGCCAGACCUUACCCCUCUUUACCCUCUUCUAUUGGCGCUUCAAGCAGUAGUCCAAAGGAACAAGUUUUUCCUGAGAGGCAUGGUGAACCUGAAUGCCAGUACUAUCUAAGAACAGGGGACUGUAAAUUUGGAUCAUCAUGUCGUUAUCACCAUCCUCGUGAUCGAGUCAUGCCAAGGACAAAUUGUCUCCUCAGCCCAGUGGGCCUCCCCUUGCGCCCGGGCGUGCAACCUUGUACUUUCUACUUGCAAAAUGGGCAUUGCAAGUUUGGAUCCACGUGCAAAUUUGAUCACCCAAUCGGGACAAUGAGAUACAGUCCAUCAGCCUCUUCUCUCAUCGAUAUGCCUGUUGCUCCAUAUCCAGUUGGGUCUUUACUAGCUACCCUGGCUCCUUCAUCGACGUCCUCAGAACUAUCCAAAAAGGAAUCUUAUUCAGCAAGAAUGCCUUCUACUGGGAAUACUUCAACUAGUUCAGUUGGUUUAAUUUUCUCUCAGACCGGAUCUGUUUCACUUACUGACGUGCAACUUUCUACACAAAGUUCUGUCCCUUUGAGUAGUAGCAGAAGCACAAGACAAGGCGGUGAGGUUCGACGAUCAAGCUAAUUAAAACGCAAGUCAUUCUCCAUUAUCUUUGGGUGGGGUUUUCUCCUGCCUCAUUAUGUUUGCUGUUUAUAUAUGUUAGUAAAUGUGUAGUGGUCAAUUGUGCAAAGGUUUUCGCGUCUCACAUUCAAGGUCUAUCAAACAACUCUGUUUAGCUUAUGCUAGGAUUUGGAUAAUUUAUGCUCAUGUCAAAUAUAUGCAGCCACCAACGCUAUCUCAAAUAAGCUUCAAAGGCAAAUCCGUAUGUAUUGUUCCUCACUACCAAGUAAUUAUGACAGAAAGCAUUCAUAUCAGGUAAACCUACAAGCUUCCAUUCAACUUUAAGCUAGUCCAUUUUAUUAGUAUUCUGAUACCCGGGUUUGACCUUCGAUGUUUAAAGAGAAGAUUGUUGGUCUUUUCUUGUCUAAUUCCGUAAAAUUAGUUGCAAAAUCUCUUGCAACUAGCCAGUCAGUGUUUGAAGACAAAGUCUAAUUUUCUGCUCAUCGAAGUUGUAAGAUGCUUGUUUAUGUAGAAAAUAUUUUUGAGGCCCCAAGAACUGGGAAGCCACUUUUGGCAUCCACAUUUUUAAUUCCACGAGUUGUUUAGAUGGUUUUGAUCCUUGGAAAGUGAGAAGCAUCCGAAUUCUUAUAUGUUUGGGAGCAAUGCUAAACCUUAGAUAUUCU